CGCAUCUUUGUCCAGAGAACGCGUCUCGCAAGCGGAAGUGCGUCUAACAUCAUCAUAGUGGCAAGAUGGUGGCCACCAGGAGAGGAACACGCGUGGGCUCCCCUGUGAAAAAUACUAGCGAUGAAAACUCUGGAGCCACGCAGCCUACUCCUUCGACCAGAAGAACACGGCGCAGAACGCUAAUGGAGGAAAACCAGUCCCACUCCGAACUUGCAGGCGACUCCCAGCCAGAUGAGCCGAAGGAUGACGGUACUGCCUCUUCCUCAGUAGCUAGUCCGCUCAAGCGAGAAACUAGAAGAUCCACACGUCUCCUUGCUGACAAAAAGGAACCAAACUCUACCAAUGAAGCUGAUGUGUCUGAGUCAGAGUCCUGCUGCUCUGUAGUUUCUGAUGUGCAGGCGACACCCAGAACCCGACGGAGGACUGCAGUCAGGGAGAAGCCCACUGUGCAGGACGAGGCAUCCGAAGUUGAAUCCUGCUCAUCUGAGGUGUCCGCGACCCGUUCUCGCAGUGCUCCGCGCAGCCUGAGGAAGCGUGUUCUGACUUCAGCUGCUACAAAAGAUGCCGCAAAGAACGAUGAUGAUGAUCCCACAGGGACCGAGUCCUGCAGUUCUGCUGUGUCUGUCACUACAGCUAUGGACACUCGUCGGAUAACAAGGAGCCAUCGGAAGACUGCUGUUCCUUCCGCAGAAGCAGAUUCAUCUGAACCAGAGUCAUGCUCCUCCAGUGUUUCUGGCCUUCUUGGCUCUGUGGUCCGCAGAUCUGCUCGAAACCAGAAGGUCAAACCGACCCAGCCGAUCCCUUUGAGCUUUGAGGAAACCACAGACACCCCUUCUUCUCCAGUGUCCAAGAAGAGAGGCAGUAGGCGCAAAACAGGAGUUGACGAGGAAAAUGAGUCAGACGGAUGCAAGUCAUGUCCCAGCACGAGUCCGUGGAGAUCCACCAGGCGUCAACCCAAACUUGGUGAAUCAGAUUCAGAAUCGGUAGCUACUGAUGUCUGCAAUUCUCAGGGGAGCCCAAGCCCUCAAAGAGGAAGGGGGACUCCUUGUAGUAGCCGAACUGGGUCUGCUAGUAGUACCCGUGCGGUUCCUAUAACCAGGGCAAGAAGUAAAGCAAAAGUGAAUUCUGAUGUAGGUGACACCAUUACAACUGUUGCUGCCAUGCCUGAGGAACGGGGUGAGGAGCUUGAACCUCAUCCUGAAAGUAUUCCAGUACCUGAUGGAGAUAAAGCUGAAGACACAGUAGAACAACUGGAUAGCACUGUGACCAUGGACACCAGUGAAGCUCAAGAGUACACCAUGAUUGAGGAGCGAGCUGAAGAUACCACUGUAGUUCUUGAUCAGGAUGAGCCCAUCGAGAUGCAGGAACCCCAGAGCAUCUUGCAAGAUGUUGAGGCGGUGGAGGACAGUGGAACUGAAACUCUGGCACUUCAAGAAAAACCUGUGGAUGAAACUUCUGCUACACUAACUGAAGAGCCUGGAGAUGUUGCCAUGGAAAAUGAUGAGCCAGAAUUUGUGGAGACAAGCCAUGUUGUUGAAAAUCAAACAUGUUCUGAGCCUGUGAAGGAGGAUAUGGUAGAAGCUGUGGCAGAAGUUCCUCAACCAGCUGUGGUUGAGAAGGCCAUUGAGGAGCAAACGUGUUCUGAGCCUGUGAAGGAGGAUGUGGUAGAAACCACCCUAGAAGAUCCUGUGUCAACUGUGGUUGAGGAGCAUGAGAACAAGGUUGAGUGUGAAAAGAAAGGUGUAAUCGUUUAUGAGGAAGCUAAUGACACCAUUAAGACAACUGGAAACGAUUCUGUAACGUUGAAUGACCUUGAAGGCCCUUCUACAAGCUCACACACUGAACCAAAUUUGAUCACCACAGAGGAAAUAUCUAAGAAACCUCCUCCCCAGAAAAAAAUGAUCAGUUUACUCGACAGCAGUGAGGAUGAAGACAGUGCUGAUGAAGGUCUGUCUUCAGAGGAGGAAGGUUGUUCACAGAAAACUGAAGUUGUGCGGAGUGAAGACGAUGUGAUGUGCCCUGAUGGAAAUCAGGCGUCAGAAAAACCAGAGGCACACGGUAACGGACUGUUUGUCAUAGACACUAAACCUGGACUACGGUCUAAGAAACAGUAUUAUGUUGAUGCCAAGCAAACCGAGGAACAGGAUGAGGAGGAUUUUGUUGAUGAGGAAGAAGAUGACAAUGAUGAAGAUUCAAAAGUGCUGUUCACUUCCAAAAAGCCUCUGAUACAGCUAUCUAGUGCCAUUGACACAGGUCUGAAAAUGAAGGAACUUGGUGGUUUGUACAUCAGUUUUGAUGGCAACAAGCCAAAGAGUCUUUCCAACAGUUCGAAAACCCAGAAGGACCUGAACAAUCCAGAUGAGUUGCUGAAGAAGAGUGUUAUCGUUCCGGAUUUUGAGAAAAAAGAUGCUGUGCCACCAUACAGUGAAUCAAAGCAUGCUGCUAAACUCAAGCGCAAGGCGGAAAGAGAAAAGACAACUGGUGAUGGCUGGUUCAACAUGAGAGCUCCUGAAUUAACAGAAGAGCUCAAAAAUGACCUGAAGGCACUUAAGAUGCGCUCAGCUAUGGACCCAAAGCGCUUCUACAAGAAGAAUGACAGAGAAGGACCUCCCAAGUACUUUCAGGUUGGUACGGUGGUUGACAACCCAAUAGACUUUUAUAGUUCAAGAAUCCCUAAGAAACAAAGGAAAAGGACCAUGGUGGAGGAGCUGCUUGCAGAUGCAGAGUUUAGAAGCUAUAACAAAAAGAAAUAUCAAGAGAUCAUGACAGAAAAAGCAGCACAGGCUGCUGGCAAGAUGAACAAAAAGAAGCACAAGUUCCAUAAAAAGAAAAUGAAUAAAUAAUUUCAUAAGGCAAAUCAGUUUUUUCCUCUUUCCUGAACAGGAAUUGUUUAGCCUUUGAAAAUAAAAAUAUAUAGUUGCCUUAUUUACGGUGGAUUAUUGAAAAGGCAUUUUUAGUGUUAUAAUCAUACACAUUGCAUGUAAAAAAAAAACAUGCAACUUGUACAGAGAUAAUGAUUUUUAUAGAUUUUAGAGUUUUUUUUCUAUAGAGAUUGGCUGACUGAUUACACCUCUGUGGAGUCACAAUAAAUCAAGUCCAAAGAAA